AUGUCUCGUCCUCUUGCCGGCGGCGUCUACGUGCCUACAGUAGCCUUCUUCGACUCCAACGAAGAAGUCGACACGGCCACCACCGAAAAACAUGCCGUCAAUCUCGCCAAAGCUGGUGUUUCCGGCAUCGUCGUGCAAGGCAGCAACGGCGAAGCCGUGCACCUGGACCGCGCAGAACGCAAAUUCAUCGCCAGCGUAACCCGCAAGGCCCUUGACGCCGCUGGAUUUGAUAAGUUGCCCGUCAUCGUCGGCACAGGCGCACAAUCUACCCGAGAAACUAUUUUGCUUUCCAAGGAUGCUGCUGAGGCUGGCGCGGACUAUGUUAUUGCCCUCCCACCUUCGUACUACAAGGGUCAAGAUACAUCCGCUUCUCGACUUCAGUAUUUCAAGGAUGUGGCCGAUGCGUCACCGAUCCCAGUGUUGAUCUACAACUACCCCGGAGCCGCCAACGGUGUCGACCUAAACUCCGAUGAAAUUAUCGAACUAUCUCAACACGCUAACAUCGUCGGCGUCAAACUUACAUGCGGAAACACCGGUAAACUCGCCCGUAUCGCCGCCAGCGUCAAGCCCGGUUUCUUUACUUCAGGUGGUUCAUGCGAUUUUACCCUCCAGACUUUGAUUGCCGGUGGCCAGGGCGUUAUCGCUGGUACCGCCAAUAUUAUCCCUCGCACUUGCGUUCAAGUAUACAAGCUCUACUUGGAUGGUAAAGUGGCCGAAGCACAAAAGCUGCAGGCCAUUGUUGCCCGCGCCGAUUGGGUGUGUAUCCAGGGCGGUUUCCCGGCAGUCAAGGCCGCGCUCAAGGCUUUCUAUGGAUAUGGAGGUGUGCCGCGACGACCAACCCCUGCUGCUGAUGUGCAGGCUACCAAGGCUAGCUAUGAGGAGAGCUGGGCUGUUGAGCAGAGUCUUGCUUAG